GAACCGGUGCCAGCUCCUCGAGCGACAGCACCGACAGUUCUGCACUGGUCACAGUCCCAAAUGCAGGGACUUCAGCCCAAAACGCCGCAGUUCUUACUUGCGUUCAGUACAGCGGUCCCAUGGUGGACAAGCGGGUGGCCACGCUGUCGUCCAAGUACGACGGGAAGGCUGACAUCACCUCUUGGAUUAGUUCCAUGAGGUCAUACUUCGAGGUCAUGCGGACACCGCAAGAGGACCGAAGUAUGAUCAUGGGGACUAAUAGCGAGCCCGCCGUACGCAACCACAUUGAGGUCCAAGCUGUUGCUGCAGGCUAUGAGCGCAUAGACCUGACUGAAUGGCUGAAGGUUACCCCUGUCCGCGCUCUUGAAGAUCUUCUCCUUGACCGGUAUCAGGAUAAACACGCUGCGCUCAAGGCUAGGCUGAAGCUUGAGGCCCUCAAAGGCCAAACAUGGAGGUCAUCCAUGCAAGCUUUAGAACAACACUUGACAGGUUUAUUCACCACUCCGGAUCUGGGGAUGACUGACGUGUCUUGCAUGGGUGUAGUCAUGGGAGUGGCCCCUAAAGAAUACCUCUCCCUGCUAACACUCAAAGACCAUGCUACCUGGCGAGAGCUCAUGAAGGAUCUAGUCAACCUAGAGGCCAAGGACCUCGCCAGGCGCAAGAAGGCGCCCGCUGCAGGUGGGAAACCACAACGCAAGCGGUUKGGAAGCAGCAACCAGCUUGCACUGCAUGACCAUCGGGAGGCUGAGGAUCAGUCCUAUGUGGAUGAUCUGUCUCUGGAUGACGAUCUAGAGCCGGACUCCGAUGCGGGCUGUUCUGCAUCAGCCAUUGAGUUCAUCAGCAAGGAUUGGAAGGACUUCACUACCCAAGUCUAUGACAUCACACUAAACAUGACGUCUGGUCGACACCCACAAGCCAAUGGAUUGGCUGAGGAAAUCAACCAGACCGUCACCCAGCUGCUGCACGCAUUGAUUGUGCCAGAUCAGAACACAUGGGAUAAGGACUUGCAUAAACUAAAGGGGUUGUACAACAACUCCAUCCAUUCUGCAACCGGUGUGACACCAAACAUGUUGCAGUAUGGAUGGCCAAUGCGCAAUCCCCUCUCCUACCUGUUCCCAGAACAGUCACCUGGUCUGAUGCCCGACAUGCCUGGCUACAAUGCCAAGUACGCACGCUUGCUCAAAGCUGUGACCGCAGCCAUGAACAAGCGCCAGCAUGCCAUGAUCAAACAUGCUAAUAAGAUGCGCAGAGAAGAGAAAUUCAAAGUAGGAGAUUAUGUCUAGGUCAAAAUGUCUGAAUUUUCUGAUGAAGAGGGCGUUUCAUGGAAGCUUCUUCCACUAUACUACAGCCCUUGGCAGAUUCUGAAAGUGAUUGGGGAUGAUUUCGGUCCUUCGUAUGUGAUUGACGUGCCGCCUCACCUGCGCACGUACCCAGCAUUCCAUGCCUCCAAACUGUUUCCGCACAUUGAUGAUGAGACUUUUCCCUUCCGAGACCCUAUGAUACCUCGCCCUAUCGAUGGUGGCCAUGAGAUCGACAGAAUCGUUUCUCACGAAGGGAGAGGGAGGAACAGACAAUAUAAAGUUCACUUCCUCUAUCACCCGUUGAACAAAUUCUUCUGGAUCGA